AUGAUUAACUGCAGAGCACAAAAUCCAUUCGCAGCAUCAAAGGCAAAACUAAAAUUACUUUUUCCUGCCCCCCUCCAGGAUUAUGCUGAAAAGAAAAACACGAUAGCAAAAGCUCUGGAAGAUCUUAAAGCCAACUUCUACUGUGAACUCUGUGACAAGCAGUACUAUAAACACCAGGAGUUUGACAAUCACAUUAACUCUUAUGAUCAUGCUCACAAACAGAGACUGAAGGAACUGAAACAGAGGGAGUUUGCUCGAAACGUAGCAUCUAAGUCACGAAAAGAUGAAAGGAAACAGGAAAAAGCCCUUCAACGUUUGCACAAGCUAGCUGAGCUAAGGAAAGAGACAACGUGUGCUCCUGGAAGCGGCCCUAUGUUCAAAUCCACUACAGUGACUGUGCGAGAUCAUUGCAAUGAUGUCCCACAAAGUGCUGCCAUAGAUUCUGCCAACAAACAGGAUUUCAGCUGCACGUUAAUGCACGAUGCGCAGAAUUGUAAAGACAUCGCUUCUGUUAUUUCUUCCACUCCUGGAAAUGCAUGCAAUAAUAAAUCUGACGCUAACAAAUGCGGAGAUCAGGUUCAAGGAGCUCAAGGACAUAGAGUUGGGUUCUCUUUUGCUUUUCCUAAGAAAGCAGCAGUCAAACUGGAGUCUUCAGCUGCUGUUUUCUAUGAAUAUAAUGAUGAAACGUCUAUGGAGCACGGAUUUAGCAGAAGAAGUAGGUUUGUUCCAGGAGCAUGUAACCUUCAGUCUCCUUCAGCGGCAGAAAUAGUCCUGUGCCCUGAGGAGAAACAUAACUGUUCUCACCCACUGGUGGAAAAAUGCAGAGACACAGCAGAAGCUCCUGAAGCUCAGGAGUUAAACGAGCUGGCCAGUGAAGAAAGCAGGGUGCUAGAGAGUCCUGUAUUAAAUCCUGCUGUGUCCCAUUCAAAGCAACUGGUGUCCUUGGACAUGGAUGGCUAUGGUAUUGAUUUAAGUGCAGCAGACUUACCGGACCAAACGCUGCCUGAGGUUGUGGACAGUGCUCAGGUCCUGCCCCUGGGCUGCAGCGGUUACGAGCUGCGGGCAAACAGGGCUCUUGCACAGGCGGUUGUGGAGGAUUGUUCAUCUCUGCAGGAUGUUGUGGAGGAAAAUGAUAAAGACAGGAACAGUGAUUCAUCCACAACUGAAACUGAAAUAAAAAAGCUGGGUGCAGAUGCAUUAGUUCCAUCACCAUCUGAAGAAGGUAGUAGUGGAGCCCCACAAGGAAAACCGGACAUGCGCAAGAGACCUUGUGAACCCUUUGUUCCUGUUCUUAGCAAAUAUGGAUCAAAUAUUCUUCAGUGGCCGUCGGAAAUGUUAAUUUACACAAGUACAGACCCAUCAAUUUCUUAUAGCUGUAAUCCUUUAUAUUUCGAUUUCAAGUCAUCAAGAGCAAGUGACAGCCAAGAAAAGCCCAAGCAUCAGCCAAACAUACCUCAUUUGCACCAUAAAACUGAAUCCAACCAUAGCUUAGUCUCAGAUUUUACAAAUAAACCUACUUCAGAGUGUGGUGAUUAUGAAACAGAAAUUAAUAAAAAUGUGUGCAACUAUACAAUACCCCUUGUAAGUAACGUUUCCCUCAUCAGAAAUUGUGAUCUUGCAAAAAAUCAAAAUAAAGUGUCCUUGGAUGAGUCAUUCAGGAUUAGAAAAAUAGAAAAGUAUCACGUUUCUAAAAAUCACUUACAACAAAACACUGUGAUAGAUGAGAAAUAUAACAAAGUCUGGAUCAAAGAAAGCCAUGAAAAAUGGCUUCACAAAAGUAGAAAACGGAAAAGGAGAAGAAAAUUAUGUCACUGUCAUCAUCAUCACUGUGGGGACACAACAUCAGCAGAAAUGGAGAUGUCCUCAGUGACUGAAAAAGAAAUUAGUUACAGAGAUGAAAAUAAAUACCAGCACCUCCAAAAUAAUCCAGAGAAGUGCAGACAUGAUGCGGGGAAUAUCUGGCUAGCUACAGGUGAGAUACAGCAGUCACGUCAAAAACUUGGCAUUGAAAAUGGUCGUAAGAGAUUCAUGUCUGUGCCAGAUCAUGUACAUGGGGACAGGGACUGGUGUGAUGUUUGGUGUGCAACAAAUAGCAACCAGCACCAUGGUUGUAAACGACCACACAGAAAGAGCAAAGCAAGCUCUCGGAGACAGGCAAAGCAGUUGGCUCUGAUUUCCAGGAGGCACAGCUUAAGGUACUCUAAAACAUGUUGUAGCUGGAAAGUCAGGAGGUUAAGCUGUAGCCUAGAGCAUAAAUGUUUAGGACACUGCAGUGAGGAGAAGAGUCCAAGUCAAAACCAGUCCAUAAAGAGAGGUUACAACGUUCUGACAGAGAAACCUGAAAAAUCCCACCGCAAGCGGAGACAGCAUACCUAUUCCUCUUCAUCAGAUGAAAGCUCAUACGGACAGGCAUUAUCAGCAGAGGAAUAUCUAAGGCAAGCGCGCACUUUAGGUACACAUCACAAGGCAAAAGGGAAACGCAGGAGGAGGAAAAGUAGAAUCCAUCACGUAUUCCGUGACAGGAACGCAAGAAGUGAGAUCUCCAGACCUUCCAAAGAAAAUUCUGCAAAUUCUGCGUUAAAUAUUCUGGGGGACUUCUUGACUCAAGACAGUCUAGAGGAAACUAAUGUGGAUCCCAAAGCUGAUCAUGCAAGAGAUACGGAUGAAACAAUGCAGCUGGAGGAAAGCAAGUCACCUCUAGAAGCUGAUAGUUCACACAUGCUGGAAAACGACAAACUGGCAGCGUGCACAGCGAUGGAGAGUGCUCCGAGUACAUUUUCUGGUGUCGUCGCAGGUUCUGCUGCUUCUGUUCCUGAGCACAGUGCUCCAGCAGCUGCUGGCACGCAGGAUGUUCUACAAGAUGAAAAGAAAAAAGAAAACGCCAACAGUCGUGAAAAUCAAGCUCGUUACAAAUUUCCCCUCCCCAGCAGACAUUUGGAACAAGCUCCUCCUAAAUCCUACCUUUACCAUUAUGAAUUGGCUGAGUCUCUACCGCAUGAGAAAAUAAAUGAGGUGACCAGUGAAUGGGUACAGUGUAAUCCUGGUGUAUUUAGCAGCCCACCACCUUUGCCUUUCAAAGAAGCACAUAUAAACAGUCAUACCUUUUUAACUACCGAGCAGUUAAUAGCCCCCUUCACCCUGCCAGAUCAGACAUUGAUAUUCCCUCCAGAUAACCACGAAAAAUUCAAAGACCUCCCAUCUGAGACGUAUCAGCAGAUCAUGCCACAAAACAUGCUGGCCAACAAAGUGAAGUUCACCUUUCCUUCCCCGGCGAUCCAGCCCCCAAAUUCCCCGCUGCAGCCCUUGCCCUUGCAGCCACCACUGUGUUCUACCUCCGUUACCACCAUCCAUCACACCGUCCUGCAGCAGCACGCUGCCGCCAGUACGUUGAAGGUUCUCCAGCCCCACCAGCAGUUCCUCUCCCAGGUCCCAGCUCUUUCCAGAGCGCCUUUACCUCAUCUACCAGUAGGACCAAGGCUUUGCCCAGGGGGGCAUGCAGCUUUCGUCGCCCCGCCACAUUUGCCGCUGCUGCCGCCCUCAGUCCUGCACCCGACCCAGCUGGCGUUUCCCCCGCUGCCACACACCGUCUUCCCAUCCCUGCUGUCCCCGCACCCGGCUGUCAUUCCCCUGCAGCCCCUCUUUUAG